CUCCUCUCUUCUCUUCACUCUCUUCUCUUCCCUUUUCUUCUCUUCUCUUCCCAACACAAACUUAAAAAGAUUCUCUUCUCUCCGAUCCAUCACCCUGCUUCUGCUUCUGCUUGCUUCCUCUUCCUCAUCAUGGACGCUGCAGCAGGUGCAGCGCCAACGCCCACCGUGCCCGACGCUCCGCCGGAGGGAUCGGCAGCGCUGGUACAGGCCGAGGGGUCGGCGGGACAGGCGGCACCCAGCCGCUACGAGUCGCAGAAGCGGCGAGACUGGAAUACGUUCUUGCAGUACCUGCGGAACCACAAGCCGCCAUUGACGUUGGCGCGGUGCAGUGGCGCGCACGUGAUCGAGUUUCUCAAGUACCUCGACCAGUUCGGGAAGACUAAGGUGCAUAUUUCGGGGUGUCCUUAUUUCGGACACCCCAACCCUCCGGCCCCUUGCGCCUGCCCUCUCAAGCAGGCCUGGGGCAGCCUCGACGCCCUAAUUGGACGACUCAGGGCGGCCUUUGAAGAAAACGGAGGCCGUCCCGAGUCCAAUCCCUUCGCCACUCGGGCCGUCCGAAUUUACCUCAGAGAGGUAAGGGAAGCCCAGGCCAAAGCCCGUGGAAUUCCCUACGAGAAGAAGAAGCGCAAGAGAACCACGACCACUCUCUCUUCCACUGUCACCACCGCCACCGUUUCUACUGUAACCACUAGUACUUCUAAUAACCCUACUAACGGAGCAGGCGUUAGUCUACCUUCUUCUGAUGUUCCUACUGCCACCACUCCUAAUGUUACUACUACUGCCACUACUUCCGUAUAGUAUAGUAUAAUUCUCAUCAUUUUUUUUUCCAAUUUAUACUGCUAUUAUCUAUCUAUCUUUAUUCUUAAGGAGAUUUAUUA